AUGGAUGCAGGAGACUAUGUUAAUCGAAAAACUAAUUAUGAUAUAGAGCAAAAAGGCGGAACUAACUUUUUGCAUGCAUCGUAUUACAAAUAUCUUGCUGAAGCUGUUAGAGAUUCAAAAAAUGUCAAAAAUUCAAUCUUAAAAGACCAAAUAUAUAUCCAAAACACAACAUCAUGGGAAAAUUCGAUGAAAGCUGUUAUUGCAUUUUUGAAGCGUUACAACUUAACUCAAACAUUAAAAGCAAUAGAAACUGAAUACAAUCAAAUUCCAACAAAAACAGGAUUUGUCCAUGGUGUACAACUUGAUGACUUCUUUGAUGAUAUGAUUGAAUUAUCAAAAGCUAAAAAACAAGUAGAACAAUCUCCAAAACCAACUAGAGUCAAUAACACGCUCCAAUCUGCUUUUGCAGACAUUCAAAAUCUUAAAGUACCAGGAACUACAUCAUCAUUUACAUCGCCACAGAAAGUUCAAAUACCAACCACACCUAAAGCUCAAAACACUUUACAGCAACCUACUCCAAAAUAUCAACCAAUAACAGACAUACCUUCAAGACUACUUGAAACUCCAAAAGCUCCAUCUGCUUCUAAAUCAUCAAAUAUUCCAAGUAGAUUAACAAAUUUGAGGAGCGUUGGAGAACUAGAACUUGAACCUCUUGAUAUCCCAGACGAAGAUCAGCCGGUUCAAGUUAAAAAAGAGAAUCCAAAAUCCCUAUUUGGCCCUCCUCCAGCAAGAACGAGAGAUAUUGGCAAUAUUGGCAUUCCUGGAGGAUCUCCAGCUGCUCUUCCAAAGCCUCCUUUCAUGAAAAUCAAAGAAACAAAGAUUAAGAAAGCAAAUACAAUUGAUCCUUCGGAAUCUUCUGACAUUGAACCAUCAUCCAUUGAUGAAUUGCAAGGAUUGAUUGAUGGCACGCCUUCCACUCUCGAUAGCGAAUCUAUUUUCAGGAGAGGACCGAUUGCAAGAAAGAAAUCUGUUGAUAAUUCAUAUAAACCAACAAGAAGAUACAAAGAUGGAUCGAUUGUCAAACGCGGAAGAAAAGAUCCACUCGAGAGGGUAUCAAGGAUUUACACAAUGGAUGGUUCUGAGUCCUCUUUUCGCCCAUCUCUCGUUGAAUCUUUCUCAAGUAGAAGAUCAACAUCAGUUGAAAAAAGUGACAGAGAAAGGGAACGUGAAAGAGAACGUGAGCGUGAAAAGGAGAGAGAAAGAGAGCGUCAGAAAGAAAAGGAGCGGGAAAGGCAGAAAGAAAGGAGUGCACAAAAAGAAAACGAAAAACUUCCGAAAUUAGCAACUAUUUCAAAGAGGUUUUUAGGAAAGCAAAUAUCAGAAGAUGAUUUAGAAGAUACUUCAAGAAGACAUCAUCACCAUCAUAGCUCAUCUCAUGAAUAUUCAAGCGAAUCUGGAGAUUCAUCACAUCACCAUCAUCAUCACCAUAGCAGCGAUCAUCAUCAUGAUGAUAAGCACAGGAGUUCAUCAAGCAGAAGAUAUUAA